AUGCGUUCUCACGAUGCUAUGAAAAGUGAAGAGGCCAACGAUGCCGCCUGGGAAGCAGCCAGAGGAGGUGUCGCAGGUGCUGUCAAGUGGGGAAUCGGUGCUGCGAUACUGGGUGCUGCCGGGUACAUCUGGUCGCCGCUAUAUCGAUCCAUGACGGUUCAAUUCAAAGUGUAUCUACAAAUGUGUGGUAUGGUUCCAGGAGCCAUGAUUGAGGCGGACUCACGACUCAGAGCAUAUGAGCAACGGGUGAGAAUGCAACGGAGGUUAAUGGGCGACAAGGCCAAGUGGGAACGAUACGAGGAGGAAUACAUCAAAGGCGACGGCAAAUGA